CUGGCAGAAAACACGGCGGUCAGGAAGAACCGGUCCGGACGACCUCGGUUCAACACCUGCUGGUGCUUCAGGUUCUACAUCUUGGUUCCGGUUCAGCUGGGCUGAAUUAGACAGUCGGAUUCACAGAGAGAGGCGGUACCGACUGAAAGCACCUGCCGCCUCAAGGAAUUGAGCUGAUCCCAACAAAGUGAGCGAAACUGCCGCGGACUUUUGCUGCUUCUGCCCGAACCUGAGCCUGGGAGGUCAGGAACGGGUCCAGGACCGAACCUUAUCAUAGGGGGCUCAAAUGGACUCCUAAUGGGGAUCAGAUAAGAGUUUUAGACGGUUUGUGGAACAGAGAGGAAGAAUGUCUGUGAACGAGCUGUUCACCAAGUUCACACGGGUCUGGAUCCCGGACCAGGAUGAAGUAUGGAAAGCUGCAGAAAUCACCAGAAACUACAAGGAGGGAGAUCUGGUCCUCCACCUGCAGCUGGAGGAUGGAACGCCCCUGGAGUACCAGGUGGGUCCAAAGUCCAACGCGCUGCCGUUCCUGAGGAAUCCCGACAUCCUGGUUGGAGAGAACGACCUGACGGCUCUCAGUUACCUUCAUGAACCCGCCGUGCUACACAACCUGAGGGUCCGUUUCCUGGAGUCCAACAACAUCUACACCUACUGUGGUAUCGUCCUGGUGGCCAUCAACCCGUACGAGCAGCUGCAGAUUUAUGGGGAGGAGGUGAUCACCGCCUACAACGGUCAGAACAUGGGCGACAUGGACCCUCACAUCUUCGCCGUGGCCGAGGAGGCCUACAAGCAGAUGAUCAGAGACGAGAAGAAUCAGUCAAUCAUUGUGAGCGGAGAAUCUGGAGCAGGAAAGACGGUUUCAGCGAAGUACGCCAUGAGAUACUUCGCCACGGUGGGCGGCUCAUCCAGCGAUGCCAACGUGGAGGAGAAAGUCCUGGCCUCCAACCCCAUCAUGGAGGCCAUCGGGAACGCCAAAACCACACGAAACGACAACAGCAGCCGCUUCGGGAAGUACAUCCAGAUCGUCUUCAGCAAACAUUACCACAUUAUCGGAGCCAACAUGAGGACGUACCUGUUGGAGAAGUCCCGCGUCGUCUUCCAGGCUGAAGAUGAGAGGAAUUAUCACAUCUUCUACCAGCUGUGUGCCUCGGCCAGUUUACCAGAGUUUAAAGAGCUCGGUCUCAUGAGUGCUGAGGACUUCACCUACACGUCUUUAGGAGAGAACAUCUUUAUCGAUGGAGUUAAUGAUGCUGAAGACCUAAAAAAGACCAGAGAGGCCUUCACACUGCUGGGUAUAAAGGAGAGCAGUCAGAGCGGCAUCUUUAAGAUCAUGGCCUCCAUCCUUCACCUGGGGAAUGUAGAGAUCAUCUCAGAGCGGGACGGAGAGUCCUGUCAUGUCGGUAGGAACGACGUCCACCUGCAGCACUUCUGCAGACUUCUGGGUGUGGAGCUGAAGCAGAUGGAUCACUGGCUCUGCCACAGGAAGCUGGCCACCGCCUCAGAGACCUACGUGAAGACCAUGUCUUGCAAACAGGCGAACAACGCCCGCAACGCUCUCGCCAAGCACAUCUACGCCCGCCUCUUCGACUGGAUUGUGGGGCACAUCAACAAGGCGCUGCAGACCUCCUCCAAGCAGCACUCCUUCAUCGGGGUUCUGGACAUCUACGGGUUUGAGACGUUCGAAGUGAACAGCUUUGAGCAGUUCUGCAUCAACUACGCCAAUGAGAAGCUCCAGCAACAGUUCAACUCUCAUGUCUUCAAGCUGGAGCAGGAUGAAUACAUGAAGGAGAACAUCCCCUGGACCCUCAUCGACUUCUACGACAACCAGCCCUGCAUUGACCUGAUCGAGGCCCGGCUUGGUAUCUUGGACCUGCUGGAUGAGGAGUGCAAAGUUCCAAAAGGGACUGAUCAGAACUGGGCCCAGAAGCUCUACAAGCAGCAGGCCAGCAGUGCACAUUUCCAGAAACCCAGAAUGUCCAAUACAUCCUUCAUCAUCAUCCACUUUGCUGACAAGGUGGAGUAUCAGUGUGAAGGCUUCCUGGAGAAGAACAGAGACACAGUCUAUGAGGAGCAGAUCAACAUCCUCAAGGCCAGCACGUUUCAGCUGGUUGCUGAUCUGUUCCAAGACAAAGACGACGUCUCCUCCUCUAAACCCUCCAAGGUGAACGUCCGGGCCCUGAAAACUGUUCCCAAAGUUCCCAACAAGGAGCACAGGAAGACCGUGGGACAUCAGUUCCGCUCGUCGCUGCAUCUCCUAAUGGACACUCUGAACGCCACAACGCCUCACUACGUCCGCUGCAUCAAACCCAACGACUUCAAGGAGGCCUUCUCGUUCGACUCACAGCGGGCCGUGCAGCAGCUCCGAGCCUGCGGAGUUCUGGAGACGAUCCGGAUCAGCGCGGCCGGGUAUCCGUCCAGGUGGACCUACCCCGACUUCUUCAGUAGGUACCGGGUUCUGAUGAAGAAGUCAGACAUCACGUCAGCAGAUAAGAAGCAGGUGUGCAAGAACCUGCUGGAGACGCUGAUAAAGGAACCCGACAUGUUCCAGUUUGGAAAGACCAAGAUCUUCUUCCGAGCCGGUCAGGUGGCCUACCUGGAGAAGCUGCGGGCUGAUAAUUUCAGAUCGGCCUGCAUCAAGAUCCAGAAGACGGUCCGAGGCUGGCUGCAGAGGAUUCGGUACCGCAAGAUCCGCAAGGCUGCCAUCGGCCUACAGAGAUACGGCCGAGGCUACCUGGCUCGCAGGUACGCAGAGUUCCUGCGUCAGAACCGAGCCGCCCUGAUCUGUCAGAAACAGUACCGCAUGGUCCGAGAAAGGAGGAACUACCUGAGGAUCAGAUGGGCCGUGGUCACCAUCCAGGCCUACACCCGAGGAAUGUUCACCCGCAGGAUCUACUGGGAGUUCCUGCUGCACCACAAGGCCAUGGUCAUCCAGAAGAACGUCCGCGGCUGGCUGCAGAGGAAGAAGUUCAGGCGGGCGCGGGAUGCCGCCAUCAUCAUCCAGUGCGCCUUCAGAAGAAUAAAAGCCAAACGGCAGCUGAAGGAGCUGAAAAUCGAAGCUCGCACCGCAGAACAUCACAAGAAGCUCAACACAGGCCUGGAGAAGAAGAUCUUUGAGCAGCAGAAAAGGUUGGACGAGCAGUCCCAGGAGUACAAAACCCAGAUCAAGCAGCUGCUGACGGAGAACACCUCACUGGGCUCAGAGGUGACGAAGCUGCAGAAGGAGCUGGAGCUGAUCCAGAACCAGCAGCCUGAUGGAGGUCAGAUGGUGUCGCUGCAGGAGGAGUUGAAGAGGCUGCAGGAGGAGCUGCAGGAGGCGCAUACCCAGAGGAAGAGGAUGGAGGAGGAGCACGGCAGUGAGAAGCUCAGCCUCACUCAGCGGGUGGAGGAGCUGGAGAGAGAAAACUCUCUGCUGAAGACUGAGAAGGAGGAGAUGAACCGGCGGAUCCAGCAGACGUCCAAGAACUCUGCUGAGGUGAACAACACAUCUCUGCUGACUGAGCUCGAUCAGGAGCGGGAGCGCUACCAGAACCUGGUCAAAGAGUUCUCCAGGCUGGAGCACAGAUAUGACAACCUGAAAGAGGAGAUGUCUCUGAGCAAGUUCCACCCCGGCCACCAGAGGAAUCCGUCCACUCAGAGCAGCCAGGAGUCGGACUCGAACUACCCGUCUUUCUCCCUCUCAGAGGUGGGAGACACUGAGGACUCCAUUCAGCUGGUGGACGAGAUGGGUGUAGAGAAGGCUGCGAUGGACAUCAGUGUGUUCUUGAAGCUGCAGAAACGAGUGAGGGAGCUGGAGACGGAGAAUAAGAGGCUGCAGGUCAACCUGGACAAGAUGGAGGAGCUCGCCAAGCGUAAGGGUCCUGAGACCAAGAGUCCAACAUCUGACGUGGAGACUGCAGAUCUGGCCUACAACAACCUCAAGAGACAGGAGCUCGAAUUAGAAAACAAGAAACUGAAGAAUGACCUGAAUGAGCUGAGGAAGACCAUUGCUGAGCGCGCAUCACAGGACAGCUCAUCCAAUGAGCUGCAGGACAGCUACAACCUGCUGCUCAGUCAGCUGAAAGCAGCCAGUGAGGAGCUAGACGCCCGUAAGGAGGAGGUGCUUAUCCUGAGGACUCAGAUUGUGAGCAACGCCCAGCUGCAGGAGAAGAGCGAACGCAUUCAAAGUGAGGUCGAUGGAGGGCUGAACAACAGCAAAGAGCCGGUGGACAAAGACGAGGCCCUCAAAGCGUAUUAUGGACUGUCUGAGUCCAAGAAGUUGCUGGAGGCCCAGCUGCAGACCCAGGCCCGACAGCACCGAGAUGAGCUGGAGGCUCUGCACACUCAGAUCGAGCUGCUGAAGGAUGACAUCGAGAAGAAGCAGGAGCUCCUGAACUACACCUCGUCUCUGUCUCCAGAGGCCAAGGUGGAGUACAGCGUCCAACAGGAGAUCACUCGGCUCACCAACGAUAACCUGGACCUCAAGGAGCUGGUGGAGAAACUGGAGAAGAACGAGAGGAAGCUGAAGAAGCAGCUGAGGCUCUACAUGAAGAAGGUCCAGGAACUGCAAGCUGCUCAGGCCACAGCUCAAAGCAGGGACAAACCCGAGCCGAGGACCCCGGGGAACCUGCAGAGGAAGGACAAGGACUUUGAGGGGAUGUUGCAGUACAUGAAGGACGACGAGGCCCGGCUCAUCAAGACCCUCAUCACAGACAUCCGACCCAGCAUGGUGUCGGCCACCGUUCCCUGUCUGCCCGCCUACAUCCUCUUCAUGUGCAUCCGCCACGCCGACUACAUCAAUGAUGACCAGAAGGUGGAGUCUCUGCUCACCUCCACCAUCAACGCCAUCAAGAAGGUCCUGAAGAGGAACAAUGACGACUUUGAGAUGAUGUCGUUCUGGUUGGCCAACAGCAGCCGGCUGCUUCACUGCCUGAAGCAGUACAGUGGAGAGGAGGCCUUCAUGACUCAGAACACGCAGACACAAAACGAGCACUGUUUGAAGAACUUUGACCUGGCCGAGUACCGGCAGGUUCUGAGCGACCUGUCCAUCCAGAUCUACCAGCAGCUCAUCAAGGUGGCUGAGGGCAUCAUCCAGCCUAUGAUCGUGUCGGCCAUGUUGGAGAGCGAGAGCAUCCCGAGCCUGGCCGGAGUCAAGCCAAUGGGCUACAGGAACCGCUCGUCCAGCAUGGACACGGACGCCGACGGGCCCACCACCUACACUCUGCAGGGGCUGAUUCGGCAGCUGAGCCAGUUCAACAGCACCAUGAGGGACCACGGACUGGACCCCGAGAUCGUAGGGCAGGUGGUCCGACAGCUCUUCCACUGCAUCAACGCCGUCACGCUCAACAACCUGCUGCUGCGCAAAGACGUCUGCUCCUGGAGCACGGGCAUGCAGCUCAGGUAUAACACCAGUCAGAUGGAGGAGUGGCUCCGCGCCAACAACCUGUUUCAAAGCAAAGCUUCUGCCACGCUGGAGCCCAUCAUCCAGGCUGCUCAGCUGCUGCAGGUCAAGAAGAAGACGUCUCAGGAUGCCGAGGCCAUCUGCUCGCUGUGCUCUGCACUCAACGUGCAGCAGAUCGUGAAGAUCCUGAACCUGUACACGCCUCUAAAUGAGUUUGAAGAGCGGGUCACCGUGUCCUUCAUCAGAAACAUUCAGAAUAUCCUCCAGGAGAGGAACGACCCUCCUCACCUCCUGAUGGACACCAAACACACCUUCCCCGUCCUCUUCCCAUACACUCCCUCUGCUCUGAGUCUGGAGACCAUGCACAUCCCCGCCUCCAUCGGCCUGGACUUCCUCAUCAAGGUGUGACGUCUCAGAGAUCCACAGACUCUAGACAUCAAUCUUCACUUCAUUCGCCCCUUUCCUCCAGAUCUGAUCUGCAGGACCUCUGAGAUGUUCCUGAGCAUCUUGACAUCUAGCAGAUCAUCAGCUCCUGGCUGUGGUUCGGCCCGGAUCUGUUCAUCUGAUCUGUGUGUUUAGUGCAGUUUAUACCUGAGGUUAGAGGAAGUAAACUGAUUAAAGGAGGUCAAAGCUAGUGAAGCUGGAGGGUGAAGGUCAACGAUGAGCUGCAGAGAUGUUUUUACAGAUGAAUGUUGGGUAGAAAGUUGCACGUUUCCCCAGAAAGCUGGUCUCUAACAGGAAGAGGAGCAGCUGGAGAUACGUCAGAACAUGUUUUCUACAGCUUGUCCAUAUUUAUGGAGCCUCCAGAUGUUUAAAUCCUGUUUGUUUUAGCAGAUGUUGGACUGUAAACCAGAACCAUGUGAAUCAGGACGGGUCGAAGCAGAAAUUCCUCUGUUUAAACACGACUGUAAACCAUCCAGAACUUUUCAUACUUCUCUGUAAUCAAGAUGAAUAUGAACCAGAAUUUCUACUAAAACUCAACAUUUCCUUCCCUGUCGGGCGUCUUUUAUGUUCAGCUUUUAUUUUGACAGUUUCUAAUCUUCUUCCUGUGUAAUUGGUCUAGUUUGUGGUGACACUAUUGUGUAAAAUAUUUAAAUCCGGUGUAGUUCAGCCAGAAGAGUCUGUGUCUGCAGCGUGCCAUGAAGUGAUGGUAUCUCUACGUCAGCCUGCUGAAGAUGAUUCUUAUGACCUGUAGCUGCAGGACAACUGAAGGAAUCAUCUUCCUUCCUGGUUGUCACUAAUGCAGAUCCAUUCUUCCUCUGUAAUAAAGAUUCAUCCGUCAGAACUUUCAAACAUUUUCUGUAUAAAUAGUUUCUGGGUUUGACUGAAAGCUGCAGUUCUGGAAAUGUUCUGCUUGGAGGACCUGCAGAGCCUUCACAGAAUAUAUUUCAGAAAUGAAGUUUGUUCUGUUGUCAGCUGAUGGAAAUAAUUUGAGAUCUUGGUGUAAUUCUGAAGACAGAAAUAUAUAUAAAAUGAUUGACUUCA